GGUACGUGUACGUGUGGGGGUCCGCCAUUUUGUCUCAAAUUUGCUUCGGUAUUGUUGUGAAUGUAAUGUAUUGCUGAUUUAACUAAAUUGUAUGACCGUUUGUAGCAGCAGAAAUAAACUUCGAGUGAACUUUUUUGUGUAAAUGAUGUCUUUAGUAUAAUAAGCAGGUGAUUUAGUGAAUAAACAUCGUAGGUAACCUCGGCAGCCAUGAGUGUCAUCAUAAGACUGCAGAAUCUCCCUUGGUCCGCAAAUGCCCUGGAUAUUAGGAAUUACUUUCGCGGCCUCUCCAUCCCCGAAGGAGGGGUCCACAUCGUAGGAGGCGAACUUGGAGAUGCUUUCAUUGCGUUCAGUACGGACGAGGACGCGCGCCAAGCCAUGAUGCUGGACGGCGGCAAGAUAAAGGAGAUCCAAGUGAAGCUCCUUCUCAGCUCUCGCUCGGAGAUGCACAAGGUCAUCGAGACGGCCCGCCAGAGCGUCCCCAUCCUCAGCCUCGCCGCCGCCGCGCCCGCCCCCGCCCCCGCCCCCGCGCCCGUGCAGCCUGUCGCCCCCGUCGUCGCACAAAUAACACCCUUCUCAGCCGCACUAGGCAAAAGCCCCCUCGGCUUCGGAAUACCAGGCAUCGGCAACCCUCAAGAGAUACCCCAACCUGCCGUCAUAGAACCCCCUGCUCCUUUGAUCAGUCCUUCAGCAAACGCGUCACCCCAAGACGAAACCAGCGAAAGCGAGAGGAAACGCAGCAAGGAAAAGGACAAGCGGAGGUCCAGGUCGCGGUCCAGGUCCAGAGACAGGAAGGACAGGAAGCGAGACCGCAGGGACAGAUCGAGGUCCAGGGAGCGGAGGCGGCGAGAACGCAGUCGCAGCAGGGAGCGCAGAGAUCGCAAGAGAGACAGGAAAGAACGGAGCCGCUCCAGGGACCGCUCGCCGUCGCGGCGGUCGCGCGACAGACGCGACAGAAACCAAAGGGACUCGAGCGAAAAUACCAACGAGAACCAUGAGAGCACUUUGUUAAACGCCACGCCCGGACGACAGUCGCCGUUGAUUACUGCGGUGAUGCUAAAUGGCCAGGCGGUGCUGCAGGACGGGCAGCAAAACGUGUACAGCGACCCCGACAUGGCUGAUGCGUUCAGCAAGCUCCAAGAGCUGGGCAAAAAGCGUAACCCUAACGCGUUUCAAGGAGAGGCUCCCGUGGGGAAUGGUAAUAGGUUCCAAAGGGGAGGCAGAAGUGGGGCAACAAAUAGUUUCCGUCGCGAAGGCCGCUCGCGCUUCGAUAACAGUGAUUCUAAUGGUAACAACGCACGAGACGUAUGUGUCGCUAUAAGAAAUGCACCUAACCACACUGGCUAUGGCGAUGUCCGUCGAUUCUUCCCGUUCUUGAUAGACCAGCACGGCAUUAAAAUGAUUAAUGAUAACAUGGGAAGAAGAACAGGCAACAUUUAUGUUAAAUUUUGCGAUCCUAGAUCGAAGCAGCUGGCGUUGCAGCGCAGAAAUAACGAAUUGAAAGAUGUUCAAGUUACUAUAGAGUCGAUACCCGACGACGUGUACGAUGCGGCAAUAGAUUCAUUCCUCCCAUAUCGAGAGGAAAACGGUGGUAAUGAUCUUCCAAUCGUUCUUGUCACUGACAACGACGGGAGGACCCCGCCGAGUGUACUCAAGCUGGCAGACCUUCCAAACUUUGUCAAGGAACACGAUAUUAUCAAAGCUUUUAGCGAGUUUUCCCUAUUGUCCAUUACGUUGAAUGACUGCCGAGCGACAAGGACCAAAGUAGCGUUCGUACAAUUCGCAAAAGCAGAGGACGCAAAAUCGGCGUUCGAAAAGAGAGAUAAUUACCUCUUUGGCAGACGUCAACCCGUUAUCACACCCCUGACAGUAGACGAAUUCAAUAAAGUAAAAACUGGUGAUAAGAGAGAGAGAGAGGCAGAGCAACCACAGCCGGCAGAAAUCAUGGAGCAGCCCGCAGAGCCCGUGGUGCCGCGAGAUCCGCGUCAGAGGCGGCAAGUCGAAGAUAAGAGUCCCAAAGUUAAUCCGCAACUACAAGUCGGGCCACAAACAGGUGCGCCACAAUUUUUCGGGGCGCCUUUCGUCCCGCCACAGAACUUCGCUGCUGCAUUUGCGGCUCCUCAAUUCAGUGGUUUCCCAGCUGCCGCGAUGGACCCUCGCAUGGCCGCCGCUAACUGGGCCGCGCGUCCCGGCUUCCCCGACCAGGGGAAAUCAAUGCAGACCAUGUCCAACUCCGCAGCACAAGUAGACGCAGAUGACGAGCCAUUGGAUUGCGUCCUCAUGAAGGGUCUCCCGCGAGCGGCUACAGACCGGACCAUAGUUAAUUUCUUGUCCGAUACGGGCGCCGUGCCGUCUAGAAUACAUCUCAUGUUGGACGGCAACGGCUUGCCGUCCGGGGACUGUUUCUGUGAGUUCCGAUCCGUCCAGGAAGCCAGAAUGGCCGCCACAAAACACGGUUCGAAUUUAGAAGGUUGUCGCGUCACAGUGGAUCUAGUGACGAGGACUGUUGUCGAAGAAGCUUUAGAAGGACCGAAGCAACCGGAAAUGCCGGGGCCAGGUGCGGGGCUCCUCGGCAGCGGCCCGCCUAUGCCGCAGUACUUCGACGGGCCGCAAGGUGGCCCACCCCGUGGAGGAUUCAUGGGCAGGGGUCCUUACAGAGGUCGAGGAGGAUUCGAUUCCAAUAGAGGCUUCGACUCGAACAGAGGUUUCGAUAGAGGCGGGUACAGAGGCGGCUUCGAUAAUUCGCGCGGUAAUUACAGAGGUCGGGGCGGAUUCGACAGAGGCGGUCGGGGAGGUUUCGACAGAGGGGGGCGGGGGUCUCGUGGCUUUGGCGGUCGCGGUCGCGGCGGCUACGAAAACGGCCGCGACGUCCGCGACGACGACCAGGACCCCGCGCUCGAAGACUUCGGCGCGCCGGGCUGCGUGGUUUCUAUGGAGAACGUACCGUUCCGUGCAAGUAUCGACGACAUCAUGAACUUCUUCAGCGAGUUCGACUUGACGCAGGACGACGUGAUUCGGCGCUACAACGAGCGCGGGCAGCCCACCGGCGACGCCCGGGUAGCCUUCCGGACGCCCUUCGACGCGCAAAGGGCCGUCAAAACGAGACACAUGGACACCAUCCACGACCGCAGAAUAAGCCUCACGAUAUUAUAGCCCAGUAAUUAUCCGCGCGGACAGCGCUCCUAUGACCAUGAUUCCGAAGACGACUGUGUAUAGUUAAGUGUGUUUGUUACAAAAGACAAUGGACCCACCGUGACAUGGGAUAUAAAUCGAUUUAUAUGCAAGUACGUUAACACUACAUUUAGUAGACUUAACUAGAUUUAAUAUUAGAAUAAUAAUUCUCGUGGAAAGUAUGUAUGAGAUGUUUUACUUUCAAAUAAAAGUCAUU